CUUAGCUUGCUCAAAAUCAAUGCUUUCACAGUGGCGGUAUAUCAAUCCUGUACUAAACUUCAUCGCAUGGGAGCUCUGUCCUCUGUAAUGCUUCUGAUCCUCCUCGGAACACUAAUCAUUCACUUCAGCUUGACCUUACAUAUGUCUUUCCUAUAUCUUUAGGCAGUUAUGUUUUAUUAUUAAUCUACGUCUGAUGUGUUCUUUUACUUGAAAAAGUUGCUCUUCUUUCUUGCCCUUCUCUCAGGGGUCAGCUUCUACAACACCUCGUGCUCGAGAGAAGAAAACGAUGGUGUUGUUCAUCGCAAUAAUGGCGCUUUGCUGUUUCGUGCUGCUUACCAGCGUGACGUUGCUCACUAAGUGGUUCCUUGCUCCCAAGAUGGGCACGUGCACAACGCCGGGAUGCAUAGAGCACGCAAAGGCGCUCAGGGCCGCCAUGAACGAAUCGGUCAAGCCGUGCUCCGACUUCUACAGCUUCUCGUGCGGCUCUUGGAAGCCCGUCGGUCGCCGCCGUUCCGUCAUCGAAACGAUUUUUGCCCGCUCUUUCGACAUCGCGAUCCAACAACUGGAGAGCAACGCCAACGAUUCAGAUCUCCCGAUUACGCAGCUGUACUUCCAAAGCUGUGUGGCCGAGCGGUCCGAAUAUGAGCUGAAGAAUGAUGUCCGCAUGUUCCUACAGUUCAAGCGAGAUCUCGGCCUCUUCUGGCCCGAGGAAUGGCCCGAGAAUAGCAAUGUGUCCGUGCCCCCUCUCAAGGUGCUGAUAAAUUUGACCGUUAAUUGGAACAUAAACUUGAUCUUCAACAUACGCGCCAUGCCAGGAUACAAGGGCCGGCCCAAGGCACUCUUUAUACAACGAGGACUGUUGAGUCCCAAGUGGUCAGUUGAUACAGCCGAUGAAACGAACCGGUUGGUCAGAGAACACUGCGAAUACUUAGAAGCCCCCGCGCCUACGCCGGAGCAGUUGACGCAUGUAAGGGAUGCGUACCAAGCUGUGGUCAACGCAGCCCUGAGCUUCACGCCAGACCCUAGGGAUGAGGAGAAGAAGGUGCUGAAGGACGUUAACGAGCGUACGGGGUCCAAGGAAGACAAGUGGCAUCUAUAUGUGAACGAUAUGUUCUUUCCCGAUUUCAACUGGGGCCUCGACGAUGUCGUGAUGGUCCAGCACCCCAACAUACUCACAAACCUCAACACAUUGCUGGACGGAAACACGGACCAAUCGCUCCGGUUGGGCAUCGCGUGGGCGCUUAUCCGCCUGAACCUUUGGACGAUCACUGGAAAUCCGCGUCUGCGUUACGAGGGCAGUGAUAUCGAGCUCGCCUUGAGAAGACAGACUGCCUGCCUACAUCACGUCGCCUCCAUGUUCGGCCUGGUUAUCUCGACCCGUCACCUGCGCACAACCUUUUCACAACAAGUACGCAGCUUCUUGGAUGGGGUCUUCGAAAACGUCAAAUCCCAGUACCGAAAUGAAUUCGCCGGUGCGACGUGGAUCGACGACCAGGUCAAGACCAAGCUGAAAGUCAAGAUGUCAGAAAGCUUAGACCUCGACUCUCUGCCCGGCAGCGCAUUCUUCUCCAAAUUUACCACCGGGCCGUUGUACAAGGCUUUUCCGAAAGAGUCAGGCUCGUUUUUCUACAACUUCAUCAACAUAGCCAUAGCAUUUCGCAAGAAACUGGCCUCGGACGAGUUCAUCACCACCUUCUCCAAAAGGCUGGGCGACGGUCAUGUGGCCACGUCGUACAGCUACUACUACAACAGCGUCUACUUCGCUAUCGGGGCACUUGAACCGCCGCUCUUCCACGUCGACGGCACGUUCGCGAUCACAUACGGCUCGCUGGGCACGCUGCUGGCCACUUCCAUGGCUCGGGCGUUCGACGACCGAGGCAUCGUGUACGACAAAGGAGAGGAAUCCCCGUGGUGGACCUCGGACCGCGACGCCUACAAUGAGCGCUUUAAGUGCGACCUCAAAGCCGGCACGUCUCGCUCCGGCGAAGACGCCGCUCGCGCCAGCUCGCUGUGGUUGCCCGUGCUGGGCUUGAGGGCCUCCUUCGCGGCGUACCGAGCGGCCAUCAAGGCCGAGGGCUUAGUGGACGUCUUCCGACUCAAGGGUCUCGAGGCGUACACUGACGACCAAGCCUUCUUCAUAACGUACUGCCACAUGACCUGCGCCGAGGGCAGCAACGGCGACGAGUGCAACGUGCCCGUUCGCCAGUCGAGCAAGUUCGCUUACGUCUUCCAGUGCGCUGACGACACGCCCAUGAACCCAAAGGAAAGGUGCCCUUUCUUUUAAGCGAACGCGCGCAGUGAACUUUUUAUUUUCUUAUCUUAACUCCUCUUUUUUUUUCUACUUGACUUCAGGGUGCGGCGUAUAAAAUUAAUGUAGUGCGCGCUUGAGUACUGAAAUCGAAUCGACUUUUAUUCAACAUCGACAGUAACAAAUAUCCAAGGUACAGGGAUAAAAGCUAGAAGAUUCUGUCUGACGGGGGCCUGCCUCCGUAAAUCUAAAUAAUUCUUUAAAUAAUAUAGGUUCUUAGAUAACUGCUUAGUGUCGUGCUUUUCUUGGCACGCGAUUGGACACCAUGGGUGGUUUGGUUUCGUGUUUACACGCGACGAGAUUUGGAUUGCUUUUUUUUUUCACCUAUACUGUACUGCGAACUGAACUACAUAGGGAAGUAUUAUUAUAGGCGACGUGCGACGCGUCUGUCGCGGCUAUCGACGUUCAAGGCGGCGACCAGAGCCGUAGCGGGCCCCACUGUCAUUAACAAAAGCAUGCGCACGAAGCCAAGCUUGUACUAAGUGACUGUCAGCUCGGAACUCAGUUGUGUUACAAGUAAACUUAAAGGAACUUGUAAAAAAAAAACGACUUAAUUCACCCAGUGAAACGCUUAUCCCAUCAACACAGUCACGUUCUCGCUCAGGGGUAUAGUGCUUGUAUAUGGACGUUACAAAGUUAGCGCCGGAUGGGUUUUUUUUAUUUGAGACCAUUUAUUUGUUUGUUUGCCGGGAAAGACGGCAAUAUGCAUGGUUAUUUUUCUGCGUUGUGCUACGUAGCGCAUUCUACCUGGUCUCCUUGUAACAUAUUGCGCUGCUUGUACUGUAUUGCAUUCAUUCGCUAUUUUGAUUGUCGCCCAUAUCUUGUGCUCGGUUAGGCGUGCGCUCACUCUGUGGUCAUUGUGUCGCUGGAACUCGACACACGUCUUUUCCAGUGAAUGCGUUAUCAAAACAUUAAUUUUAUGGAUUGUGAAGUCGUUUUCAUUUAGAGCAGCUCUGUUCUGUUCAGACUUGUACUGCGAGUUAAAGGAAAAUAAAACAGGUAACCGAUUAUGAUUACUUCACUCUUAAAAUGUAUUUGCAGAGAUCGGUUGCUGUUCCGCAAAAUUAACUGUGCAACUGCUAAGAAAAGUCGAUUUUGUGUUAUGUAACCAACUUUUUAUUAUAAUCUUUUGCACUCCUUCCAACGUUGUUAAUCUUCACUAAAGGGUUGC